AUGCGAUCAUGCGUCCGGACCGCGAGCAGCCUACUGCGAGGUUGGCAGAGCCGCGUCGUGCGCCCCAAUUGCACUGUCCUUGAGCGCCCUCCAUCUCUUGCUCGCAGCUACGCGCAAGCUUUCCGGCCGCAAUCCGACCUCGAGAAACGCAUCGCCGACAUUCCCAUCGAGCGCUUUCGUAACUUCUGCAUCGUAGCUCACGUCGACCAUGGCAAGAGCACGCUUUCCGAUCGACUGCUCGAGCUGACGGGAACAAUUGAACCCGGCGGCAACAAGCAGAUCUUGGACAAGCUGGAUGUGGAGAGGGAACGAGGCAUCACGGUCAAGGCGCAGACAUGCAGCAUGAUAUACAACCACGAAGGAGAGGACUAUCUGUUCCACUUGGUCGACACGCCGGGCCACGUCGACUUUCGCGCCGAGGUAGCCAGGAGCUAUGCCAGCUGCGGCGGAGCCCUCAUCCUCGUCGAUGCCAGCCAGGGUGUGCAGGCCCAGACGGUCGCAAAUUUCUAUCUCGCCUUCGCCCAGGGCCUGACACUCGUGCCCGUCCUGAACAAAGUCGACCUCCCUCACGCCGACCCUCCGCGCGUGCUUGAACAGAUGCGGGAAACCUUCGAGCUGGAUCCCGACGCGGCAGUCCUCGUCUCAGCAAAGACGGGAAAGAACGUACAAGCAUUGCUACCGGAAGUCGUCAAACAGAUACCUGCUCCUGUCGGUAAGCUAGACGGACCUCUCCGCUUGCUCCUCGUCGACUCGUGGUACGAUGUGUACAAAGGCGUCAUCUUGCUGGUGCGCAUCUUCGACGGGCAAGUGCGACCAGGAGACACGAUACGUUCUUUUGCCACGGGGCUGAAGUACAUCGUGGGAGAGGUUGGCAUCAUGUACCCAGAUCAGACCCCGCAGACGGUACUGAGAGCCGGACAAGUUGGCUACAUCCACUUCAAUCCCGGCAUGAAACGGUCACAAGAGGCAAAGGUCGGUGAUACAUACACCACGCUCGGCUCCGAGAAGCUCGUACAGCCCCUGCCAGGGUUCGAAGAGCCUAAGAGCAUGGUCUUCGUUGCGGCGUUCCCAACGGAUCAAGACAAGCAUGAAUUUCUUGAAGACAGCAUCAACCAGAUCAUUCUCAACGACCGUAGUGUCACGCUGCAGAAGGAGUCAUCCGACGCCCUGGGGGCUGGUUGGCGUCUAGGCUUCCUCGGAACGUUGCACUGCUCCGUCUUCGAAGACCGCUUGCGUCAGGAACAUGGCGCGAACAUUAUUAUCACGCCACCGUCCGUACCCUUCAAAGUGAUCUACAAAGAUGGGAAAGAGGUCAUCAUCACGAACCCGAACGACUUUCCCGACCAAGACCAAGCACAUCUCAAGGUUAUGGAGGUGCACGAACCCUACGUCCUCGCCACCAUCACCAUGCCUGAAGAGUAUCUCGGCGAGGUCAUCAAGCUAUGUGAAGCGAACCGUGGCGAGCAGAAAGAACUCACCUUCUUUACCGCUACGCAGGUCAUCCUGAAGUAUGAUUUGCCUCUGUCGCACCUGGUUGAUGACUUUUUCGGCAAAUUGAAGGGCGCGACAAAGGGUUAUGCAUCUCUCGACUACGAAGACUCUGGGUACCAGCGCUCUUCCACUGUCAAGCUCAAUCUCCUCGUCAACGGCGCACCCGUGGACGCUGUUUCCCGUAUCCUACAUACGAGCCAGGUGGACCGUGUGGGACGCGCCUGGGUUGAGAAAUUCAAGGAGCAUGUCGACCGCCAAAUGUUCGAAGUUGUGAUCCAGGCCGCUGUUGGCAGACGCAUUGUAGCGCGCGCAACGAUCAAGCCGUUCCGGAAGGAUGUGCUUGCCAAGCUACAUGCAAGUGAUAUCAGUCGCAGGAGGAAGCUACUCGAGAAGCAGAAGGAGGGCCGGAAGAAGUUGAGGGCCGUUGGCAGUGUCGUCAUCGAGCAGGAAGCGUUCCAGAAGUUCUUGUCGAAGUAA